AUGGGCAAAAUAUCCGCUAAAACACAUAAAUUCGUUCGAGGAAAUGCACAUCGUGAUCAUAAAUGUUUAUACUGGUCUACUCUGAAAGUAUUCAAGCAGCGUUUAACCAAAGAAUGUAAUGAAGAUUUACGUAUACAUACGGCCAAUUAUAUUCGUAACAAUGAAGAGAUCCAUCAUGCGAUUCUAUAUGGUGAUACUUCAUAUAGAACGGUUGAUGAAUAUUGUUCGGCAAUUGAACAAGGAACAUUAUGGGGUGGUGAUCCAGAACUUCAAGCUCUAUCUAAUAUAUAUAAUACAAUUAUUUAUUUAAUUUCGAUGAGAGAGGAUAAUGGGAAAAAAUCUGUAUGGUCCAAAAUUUAUGGUGAAAAUAAUUCAUUAGUAAAAACAUUUAUUUGUAUCUUGUAUGACGAACAACAACGACAUUAUGAUCCAUUGUAUGUGGUGAACAUCGAAAAUGAAAAUGAACAAGAAACAAUUUUCGAACGAAAUGAUGAUACAGUGAAAGAACUUCUUACAAAUUUUAUCCGUGAAGACCUGAAAUGUGAUGGCAAUGUUAGAUUAGAUUUUAUGACAAAUAUCGAUGUGAAUGAAGUAUCAUCUAUAGGGAAUGAUUUGAAUGAUGCUGCAAGAGUAUCGGAAUUGGUUCUUCAAAAUCAACCAACAAAACGAAAAUUAGAUGAACAUGAUACGAUUAACCUUGGUCAAGAUAAUGAAAGACAAUUACCAAUAGAGAUAUCCAAGGAAUAUUACGUUUCAAAUAAACGAAUAAAAUCUGCUGAAGAUGCUAGUGGUCAAAUUUUGAAACGUUGUGGUAAUGAUAUGAAUUCGAUAAAUAUUAAAGAACUUGCACAAACAGAUAUGUUUAAUGAUAUGACUAGUUCAUUGAUGCAUGAAAAAUCAACAACAGAAUGUUCAAAAAUUUCAAAUAAUGAACAUGAUAAAGAAAAAAAGGAUGAUAAGAAAGUAUUGGCUAAACAAAUGGAUGAUGAUGAUAAGAAAAUAUUGGCUAAACAAAUGGAUGAUGAUAAACAAAAUUAUGACAGUAAAUCAUCAAUUUAA